AAUAAUGCAUUUAUUGUGGUUUAGUAAAAAACUUAUUAUAUAUUUAGAUGAACCAACUUAUUUCUCUAAAUAUUCUAAGAAUCAUUCUAGUGAUAACACAUGGCUAAAAAAAAAUGUUGCAAUGCUUCUAAAUAAUAUACAUACGAUAAUAAAAUUUGUAAUCACUUUUAUCUGAGGAAACCCACUUUCAGACGUGCAGAGACAUCAUUACUAGUUGUCAAUAUCAAGUGCUUUAUGUCAACUUGUUAAUAAAAAGUUUUUUUUGGUCAGUUUGUUAAUGACAAGUUUUUUGUCAACUUGUUAAUUACAAGUUUAUAGAAAAAUGUGAAAUAUGUGGAAACUUUUACUAUAUAAACUCUCUCGUAGCGAUGAGAGUAAUUCACAACAAACAAAAUCUAAUCCAGAGUAAAGACACUAGACGCAAAAAAAUAUGGAAAACAAGUGUUGCGGUGACUGGAACUUCAGCGGCAGCUAUGCGGCCAGGGAAGCCUCAACUGCCCACCUAGGCUUUUACUCCUCUAAAAUCUUGGCUCAGUGCGAUUUUGAGAAGACCAUUUAUCCUCCUCUAGGUGAACCCGCUUUGGCUCACGAUGUGGCUGAAAAUGCGGUUGUUCAAGCCGUGAAGAAUGGCAGAGGAAACGCUUAUGCUCCUAGUAUAGGCCUUCCAGCGGCCAAACAGGCCGUAGCAGAGUACCUAAACCGUGAUCUUCCAAAGAAACUGGCACCAGAAGAUGUGUUUAUGACCGUUGGGUGCAAACAAGCCAUCGAGCUUGCGGUUGACAUCUUGGCUAAACCAAAAGCCAACGUCCUGAUUCCGAGCCCUGGCUGGCCAUGGGAAGUAGCUCGAUCCAUCUACAAGAAACUUGAGAUCCGCAAAUAUACGUUCCACCCCGAAAAGAACUUUGAGAUCGACUUUGAAAGCGUCGGAAAGCAUGCGGAUAAGCACACGUUUGCAAUAUUUAUAAUCAAUCCUCACAAUCCCAAUGGGAACACCUACUCCAGAGAUCAUCUGGAGAAGCUUGCUAACUUGGCCAAGAAACUCAAAAUAAUGGUGGUUUCUGACGAAGUUUUUCGAUGGACUGUGUUUGGGAAUAAUCCCUUUGUUCCCAUGGCGACUUUCUCGCAUAUUGUACCCGUGAUGACACUUGGGUCCAUAUCGAAGGGAUGGUGUCUCCCCGGAUGGCGAACUGGCUGGCUCGCCCUGCACGACCUAGAUGGUGUCUUUAAAUGCACCGAGGUCGUGAGUGCUGCUAAAGAAUUUCUUGGGAUAACUUCUAAACCACCAACUGUUAUCCAGGAGGCUAUUCCUACCAUCUUGGACGAGACUCCUCAAAGUUUCUUCGAUACUAGGCAAAGCUUUCUGAGACACAAAGCGGAGUUGGCUUAUUCUAGGCUUGAUGACAUACCUUCCCUUAAAUGCGAUUUUAUACCUGAAGCAUGCACCUUCCUAUGGACCAAACUGAUUUUACACAAGUUUGUAGACAUUAAAGAUGAUGUAGACUUCUGUGAAAAGCUUGCUCGUGAAGAAAACCUUGUCGUUUUGCCAGGGAUUGCUUUUGGUGAUCUGAGUGGUUGGGUGAGGCAUUCUAUCGACAUGGAUACUCUUACUUUGGACAUAGCCUUUGAUAAAUUGACGGACUUCUGUGACCGCCAUACGAAUUUUUCAUUGGCAACGGCCAGUUCCACUACAGAUGGAGCUUAAUUCGCUCAUCAAAUAAAUGGGUCAAAUCCGUAUCUUGGCCUAAGUCUUUUUUUUUUAAAUAUAUGCUAAUAAAUGGCUGUUCUGUUGAGUUGAGAUAAAUCAUGAGCACUCUCCUAUUUUGUAACAAAUAAAGUUGGUGUACUUAUCACCAAUCGUGUGAUCGUUUCUUUUGGUAUUUCGACAUUUUGAUGUAUUUCUACUUUUUUAAAUGAAGUGAAGAAAUUGAAAUUUCUAUUCACUUCUAAAUAAUAUGGAUUUUGGUUUGAAAAUUUCGUUAUGGUACAUUGUAUAUUAUUCUCUUAACUAUUUCAAAAUACAUAGGUAAUGUCGUAUAUUUCUUUUUUUUUUGAAUUAUACAGAGGUAUCCUGGCUCCACAUAAGUGAUCCAGACUAGUCACGUGUUGCCACGUGUCGGUCCUCUGUCCCUGGCGAUGCCGAAAUGUUAAUUUCCCAGUGGCCGGGAUUCGAACCCAGGUGGCGGUACUCACAACUGUAAGCCCUUUACCACUAGAGCUAGAAGCCCCGGUUAAUGUCGUAUAUUUCUCAAAAGCAUAAUACAUGAACAAUCCGAGAUUUACAUGAACAUAUAUAAGACUACAUCAUAUAAAUUUAAAACAGAUUUGUCGUUCUGGCAGCGAGAAAGAACGUGAGUCAUGUACGAAUGGCUGAAUUCUCCACGGGAUCUUACAAACAUCUUGCAUCCGCCGCGUGACACCUAUACACUACCUAAUUUACUUAGCGCUUAAAUAAAACAUAAUCAAUAAAGUAAAUCUAUUUGGGGUAAUUUGAAAAAUACACUAUUUAUGAUUUGAAAUUUGAGAAAUACACUUCUAUUUUACCUUUUUGAAAAUUAAACUUUGUUUCAUGUGAUAAGACACUUUUAUCCUGGUUUAUUUAGUAAUUAAAUUUUUAUAACUAAUUAAUUUAUAAAUAUAUAACUAAACUAAACUUGUAAAUAUUAUUGCUAUUCUUAUUAUUAUAGUAAACAUUUAUAGAUGAAAACAGUUCGUGUUGUUGAUUGCCGGUAUUUUCACACAUACAAGGAUGGAUGGAUUGAAUCAAUCAUACACAAUUUUUAAAGAAAUUAUCUGCAACUGCAAGAGUUAUUCCGUGUUCCAGAUUCACAAAGUUCAUUAGAUUUCAUCGCUUCCCUAGAAUCGUUGCGUGAUAAUCAAAGAAGAAAGUUAUUGUAAGAAUAAAUUGUAGUAAAAGAGAAAAGAUACAUAACGCACCAUUUGCUUCCUAUAUUUCCUGUCUAGGUUUGUUUAGUGUGUGUCUAAUCGUACAUCAAAACAAAAAAUUUCAAUCAGAGGAAGUGAUCAUUUAGUUAUUAGAGUUGAAUUGCAGUAUGAUUUGUCGUUCGAUGUAACUUGCAGUAAAAAGUAUGUGGUAAAAACUGUAAGUUUAUGUGGUAAGUUUUGCAGUAAAAAUAAAAGUUAUCAUUUAUUAAAACUUAUGACUGGUAACAUUUUUGAUGUAUAAGUUGCAGUAUGAGUUCUAAAUAAAAAAUUGAAUAUAUAAAUUGAUAAAUAAUUUUUUUUAUUAAGCUCUUUUAAAAACAAAUAAAAAGAAAAAGAAAAUUUAUUUAAAAUAAGUAUAAAAAGUUUGAAAAAGAAUUUUCAGUAUAUAUUAUUUUCUAAGUAUUAUAUAGAAGAUUUGAAAAAAUUAUUAGAAUAAUAUAAACAAUCAUGAAAGAUAUAUUCAUUAAAAUUAAUAAUUUAUAAAAUCUUAAAAUAAAACAAAUAAAUAUUACCCCCACUCUCCCCCACACCCACCACCAAUAUUCCCAAUACGUUUGCAUCUUAUUUGUUCAAUAUAUAUUAUUUUGUAAAAGGUGUUCACGAUUUUCAUUUUUCUUAAAACAAAAAAAAAUCAAUCAAAUUAGUAAUUCAACUUCUAAAACAUGGAAUUUUAGUUGAUGUAGGUUUAUGUUUUGAGUUAGCAAAUUUAUAAAGGGUCUAAGUCAAAAUUGUAACUCAAGUACAAUACAUCGUAAAUCAAACCUAAAAUAAAAAAAACUAAAUUUAAUGCAUGAUUGGUAACAUUUUUGAUUUGUAAACCUAACUCAAACUUAAUCAAUGGUAACUCAUGUCACCAAUCAAAGCCAUUGUUACAGACGUUUGUGUUAUUGACUGAUGGGUUGUUGUUUAUCUUUAAAUCAUAAGAACAAAAAAAUACUGGAAAUUUGCUAUUGAUCGUAGUUAAAUCUGAUUGUUGUUGAUUUUAUUAUAAAAAUAUGUUUUUUUCAAAAGCAUACGAUUCUAAAGUGAUUCAUGUUUUUAUUAAAAAAAAAUAGAUAUUAAGAUACUUAUAAACAUUGCAAUUGGAUAGUUUGGUAAUUGCAUUUAGGAAUAAGUGUAGUUUUCCAAAAAUAUAUUAAGUGGUAAAAAUUUCAAAAUAAAAUCUCUAAUGAAAGCAUUUUUCCAAAUUUUCCCAAUCUAUUUCGAU